AUGGCUAUCUCAGGGUAUGUGAAACAUUGGAAUGAAGGUUAUACAACAGCUAUGAGGAUACUGGUCUUGGACUUGCUGAGGACACCAGGCUUUGACUUGCUGAGAAUGCUGAACUUAGACUUGCUGAGGAUACUGGGUUUUGAUUCGCUGAGAAUACUAGUCUUUGACUCGCUGAGGAUACUGGACUUUGAUUUGCUGAGGAUACUGGGCUUUGACUCGUUGAGGAUACUGGACUUUGACCUGCUGAGGAUACUGGUCUUUGACUCGCGGAGGAAUUUACCAGACUCUGACUCGCAGAGGAUACUGGGCUUUGACUUGCUGAGGAUAUCGGACUUUGACUCGCUGAGGAUAAUGGGCUUUGACUCGCUGAGUAUACUGGACUUUGUGUCUUUCUAUGAGAAUUUUGAUCCCGAUGAAUCCCUUGAUUCCACCAUUCCUGAUGACAAGGACAUGGGAGAGCACAGAGAUAAGAUUGAGGAGAACAAGACUUUAAGUGAGGCUUCUCUGGCACCACAGAUUGUCGAGGAUCCUAAGAACCAAACUGUUGAUGCGGGUUUCAACAUAACCUUUAACUGCACUGCCAAAGGUCAUCCCAUGCCAUCUAUCAAAUGGAUAAAGAACGAUAACUCACUUGCUGUUCGUUCCAACCCACGGAUUAAUGUCAGUCAAACUGACCUCGACGACGUGCAAAUUCAUAGCCAGCUGAUUAUAGAGGAUGUAAAGAGGGAAGAUAAUGGAAAGCAUAACUGCUUAGCAAYAUUCAGGAUUGUUGAAGAUCCAGUGAACCAAACAACUUUUGUCGGUUUCAAUGUAACCUUUAACUGUUCUGCCGCUGGUCUUCUCAAGCAAAACAUCACAUGGGUCAAGAAGAAUAAUUCGCACGCUGUUAACUCAAACCCAAGGGCAAAAGUAAUUCGCAUUCCACUAGAUGACAAAAGCAUCCUACAGAGCCAACUGUCAAUAAAAGAAGUGAAGGAAGAAGAUGAAGGCAAAUAUUAUUGUGUUACAAAGAGCAGCGCUGGGGAAAUGGAGUCGAAAUCUGCUUUCCUGUUGAUUAGACAUUUAGCCUCGCCAAGAAAGGAACGACAACAUUCAGUCCCCCAGAUUAUAGUGCUUAGUGUGUUUGGUGGUACCAUAAUUACAUUCAUGUGCGGAUGCAUUAUGAAAUUUUUGUAUCGACGCGCAAGGAGAAAUGAAGAGGGUAACACAGAUGAGGAUGAGAAUUAUAUGGCCUGCGCAUCCAACAAAGAUUUGGCUGGGGAAAUGCCAAAAGAUACGAAUAUUAAUACGAAAGGAAGAGUGCUUUCAGAGGCAAAUGCUAUGCCUCCGCUGAUAAACGUUUCAGAAAUCCCAUAUUUGACAAAAAAGGCCAUGCAGAUGAAAUUAUUAAUCUCACGAAAUGGUCAUCUAGAUGUCAAAGAUGGCUGUAGUCACUGUGAUGUCAACAGGAUUUUGUAUCCAGACAAUAGGAUGAAUGAUGACGACGGAGAUAGCGCCCAAAUGCAAACAUCUGUCUUCGUCAAGCUAGAAGAAAGCGAACAAGACCGAGGCAAUCUCGAAGUACUCGAUAAGGUACUUGGAAAAGGAGAGUAUGGAAUCGUUUACAAAUGUCGCUAUGGUGGAAGGAACGGUAGCAUAACUGAUGUUGCAGUUAGGAAGUUGAAAGGUAAUGCAAAUACUCUUGCGAAAGUUGCGUUGCUAAAUGAGAUAAAGACGUUGAAACAAGCUGGACGACAUCCGAACAUUGUAAAUCUAGUUGGAACAUGGAGACAAGGAGCUUUAUAA